AUGGAGGCACCCAAUCUCGUGGACGAGAGUUCUCAAGAUCCUUCCGCGCCUCCCUCAGUGGCAGAGGAGAUUGGAACACAGUCGUCGGAAGACGACAACUGGUCUCCUACAUCGAUAGUAUCAAGUGGAGCGUCUCAUGAUUCCGUCAAGAAUCUCCCUGCUACCGUUGGAGUUCUGAAUGAUACUGCAGCUACCGAUUACCGAAAAUCCUCCAACAAUAGUGGCAAGGCUUCCACUGCGACAAAGAAAGGUAGGGAGACAUGUACCACAGACGGUGUACCCAGCUCCAAAUUGGCAAGAGCUGUGGAUGCGGCCAAAGCAGACGGUGCAUCCGAUGGUAGUGGUAGCCUCAAUGAUUUGACGCGAGAAGAGCGAUCCUUGUUGGCCCGACAAUUGCAGCAACAGCCACAGGAACUCAUUGGGGCUUUUGGUGUGGGAUCGAAUGGUGGUGGUGGUGUUGGUGGCAAUGAUAUCCAGAUGGUGCCUCCGGGUCGAUCAUAUAGCCCCGAGACUUCCAGCAACAACUGUCUACCCACUGCGGCCGCCAUUGCCGUGAAUGAACAGGAAGAGGAACAACGGUUGCGACGAGCCGAAGAACACGGACGUCAAUCCGUACUUUUGAAUGCCGUCAAUGCCGAAGUGGUGGCACCGCAACUCUUUACCAAACAGAAUCUGCAAAUGCCAAAAUUUCCACCCGAAAAUGAAGCCCGUUUCCAAGCCGAACACAAUCAUCUCUUGUUGAGUGCACUACGCCUGUUGCGGCCUCUGGCCAUGGUCAUGAACCUGUCCUUUUUUCUCUGGGACGUACUCCAACCGGAAGCACCCUUGUUGGCGUGUUUUCUGGUCAUUUGCAUUUCGCUCGUGAUAUUCUAUGGAAUCACAGUGGUGGCGGAAAGGGACCCACUCGGGCCAGUGCAGCCAGCCAUGUGUUUGGCCAUGUUGGUCGUUUCCAUUCAGCUGUCCUUGACCAUGUUCUUUGUACCCAAUGGGUUUGUCGUCGCAGCGGGAGGUUGGGGUGCCAUUCUGAUACCAGGUUCUUGCGCGUUGAGGUUUUGGUUUGCGCUGGCUUUUUGUGGGGGCACCGUGGUGAUUGGAAAUGCCAUGGCUCUUGCAGCUGCCAACAAUACUUCCUACGAACUGUACUACGUACUCAUUCAUCUCAACAUGUUCAUGGGAACCUACUGUGUCUUUGGCAUUUUCUUCAGCUAUGCGGUGGAGCUCCACUUGAGGCACCGAUUUCUAGACACGGGGACUGUAUUCAGUUGGGCAGCAGACGAGACCAGCACUAAUGUUGAUCAAUCUACAAGCCAGCAAGCAGCGUUGUUGUUAGAGGGAACAGCAGAUGAGCAGGCGGAUUUAGAGCAAUAG